AUGACCGGUAAUAAAAUAACGCAAUUAACCUACCAAAUGAGUAUAUCAAAUUCACUUGAAAUAAAGGAAGAUAUAUAUAGUCCCAUAUUUAGUACAGGAGAUAAUAUGUUAUGGCAAUUAUGGUUUGUACCAUUAAUUAAAAAUCCUGUGAACAAUAAAGAAUAUUGCUCAAUAUAUAUCUUACCAGUGGCAAAUCCCGAUGAAACUUCUUGGAGAAAACGAUCAAAAUAUUCUAUUAAAUUAUUUGUCAAAGAAAUUAAAAAUUUUCAAACUUAUAAUUUAAUUUCAAGUAAUAAUGAGUUAUCCAUUUCUCCUAACACUAAAAUCGAAAAUGGUUAUGGUUAUCCGGAGGCAUUCGAACGAACCUCAAUAUAUAAUGGAGAGUUAAUCAUUAAAAAUCUUGUAGAAGCAUGGAAGAAUCAAUUAUUCAAUAUUCAACCUGUUGAUGUGGAAUUUAAUGUACAAGGAGAAAAAUUUUAUGCUUGUAGUUCAAUACUUAUUCAAAGAUCAAAAUAUUUUGAAAAUGCUCUAUCGGGUAUAUGGGCUGAAUCAACAGUUGAUCGCCAAAGUGAAUCUGACGAAGAUUUUGAUCAUAUAAUUGAGAGUAAAAGUGAUUCCGAAUCUAAUGAAGAAAAAUUAAAGUAUCAAAUUAAACAUCGAAUUAAUAUAUCAGAUUAUAAACCAUUAUCUUUUGCAAAAUUGUUAUCAUACCUUUACACAAAUCAUAUUGAUUGGGCCACUUCCGACAACAAUACCAUUGAAGACAAUAAUAUUUCUUUCACAAUAGAAAUUUAUUGCAUAGCAGAUAGAUAUUUAUUAACAGAUUUGUGCCAAAGAGCAAAGAACAGAAUAUUUGAAGAAUUAACCAUAGAUAAUGCGGCAGAAAUCAUGUUUCGUUUAGUACCAAAAUACGAAGAUUUAAAAGAACCUAUCCUUUCAUUUAUGGCUGAAAAUUUUGAAGCUGUUUGUAACUCUAAAGGAUUUAAAGAUGUUUUGGCGAAUCCUAAUGAUUAUACUUGCUAUAAUCAGAUUAUGUCUGAAGUUUUAUCUAAUCAUUUUAAGAUUCAAAAAGCUAAACUAAACAAGCAAAGUACACAGACACAAAUAAACAAUCAUCACGGAAUUGGAUUACCUCAGAUAAGACCCCCUCCCGGUAUACAGGCAAUGGCAUUGGUAAGACCUCCACCAAUGCCUUAUCAUCCUUCUGUUGGAGUUAGACAACCUCCAAUGAAUAAUAAUAAUACUCGAUCAAAUUAA